AUCUCCUCAUAUAACUUGGCUACAUGAGCGAGAGAUCAGUUCCGGAGGACAAAACAGAAAAAUGCAGACAAGAUGAGACACGAUCGCUUUUAGACUAUAGACCAACAUGUUUUCGCAGAUCUCCGCUAGUGAUAUUGUGUUUUUCCUGAAAGUGGUUUUGUACACAGCUUUUUAAGGCACGAUUAUUACUGAAGUCUGUAGUUUCUCUUCUUUCCAGCCCUGGGGCAUUCCUCCAGAGUUUUCACUUUUGGACAAACGAGGACGAUUUUCAAAACUUUGAAAAAUUCCAAGUUUUGGAAUUAUCAGUCUCAGGAAAACCAGAAGUCGGGAGAGGAAAGGGGGAUUUAGGCAGGGCACAGGGUGCUGGUGGCAGUUAUAGUGGUAGUUAUUGUGUCUUUUUUGGAGGCUCGGGAUGGAGGUCACUUGGUCAGUGCUUUGGCUGGCGCUCAUUGCUCUGGGUGUGAGCAGUGACAAAGAAGUCCGACCAGAGAUAUGGCUACAGCAGUAUGGAUACCUUCCUCCUGGUGAUGUGCGUGCUCAGGCUAUACGCUCCCCUAAGGCCAUCGCCUCUGCUAUCUCCGCCAUGCAGAAGUUCUAUGGCCUCACCAUCACAGGAAAGAUGGACUCUGAAACAAUCGAAGCGAUGCAGCGACCACGCUGUGGGGUUCCAGAUAAAUUUGGCAGUGAGCAGAAGAGCAACCUGAGGAAGAGACGCUAUGUCAUUCAGGGUCAGAAGUGGAACAAAGCAGAGGUCACCUUCAGCAUCCAGAACUACACUCCUAAAGUGGGUGAACGUGCUACUUAUGAGGCCAUCCGGAAGGCCUUCAAGGUUUGGGAGUCCGUCACACCAUUAAAGUUUCGGGAAAUUCCAUACUACCAGAUCAGAGACCGGCCAGAGAGCUUCGCUGACAUCAUGCUUUCCUUCGCUGAGGGCUACCAUGGUGAUAGUACGCCAUUUGAUGGGGAAGGAGGCUUCCUGGCCCACGCUUACUUCCCUGGUCCAGCGAUCGGAGGUGAUACGCACUUUGACGCAGCAGAGCCUUGGACAAAUGACAAUAUGGAAGAAGGGAACAAUGUUUUCCUGGUAGCAGUGCAUGAGCUGGGUCAUGCGCUGGGUUUAGAGCACUCUGGGGAUCCUUCUGCCAUCAUGGCCCCGUUCUACCAGUGGGUGGAUACAGAGAAUUUUGUGCUUCCUGAUGAUGACAGACGUGGAAUACAGCAGAUUUACGGUUCUCGGUCAGGAGAGGUGCCGAACCCCCCUGACCCGCAGCCCACACGCAAAUCUGACAGACCCUCAGCUGGGCCUGAUAUCUGUAAAGGCCACUUUGACACCAUCGCCAUCCUUCGGGGAGAGAUGUUUGUCUUUAAGGAAAAGUGGUUCUGGCGAAUGCGGGAUGGUAAACCUCUGCAGGGUUACCCCAUGCCCAUCGCACACUUCUGGAAAGGCCUGCCGAACUCUAUCAACGCUGCGUAUGAGCGAGCGGAUGGGAAAUUUGUCUUCUUUAAAGCCGAAAAGUACUGGGUGUAUAGCGAGGCCACUUUGGAUCAUGGAUAUCCUAAAACCUUCAAGGAGCUGGGCACAGGCCUUCCUAAAGACAGAAUAGAUGCUGCUCUCUUCUACACCCCAAAUGGAAACACCUACUUUUUCAGAGGAAGCAAAUAUUACCGCUUCAAUGAGAACACACGCUCUGUGGAUUCAGAUUACCCCAAACCCAUCAAUACAUGGAGUGGAGUGCCCGAUGAUAUCAAAGGAGCCAUUAUAAACGAGGAUAGAGCCUACACCUACUUCUACAAAGCUAACAAAUAUUGGAAGUUCAACAACAAGCAGAUGAAGGUAGAGUCUGGAUACCCCAAGUCUGUCCUGACGGACUGGAUGGGCUGUGAGCGUGAAGAUUCUACAAAGCCGGACGGAACUGAUGAGGAAGUCAUCAUCAUCGAGGUGAACAAGUCAGACGGUUUCCCUGGAGGAGCGGCAGUCAUAGUGCUCCCUCUCUUCCUCUUGGCCUGUGUGCUCAUGGUUCUGGGAGCAUUGCUGUUCUUCCGACGCUACGGUACCCCACGACGCCUCCUCUACUGCCACCGCUCUUUGCUGGACAAGGUUUAAAGUUUAAGGGAUAGAAACCGAGAAGAGAUAGGGAUGGAGGGGCAAUAACAGGGGUGAAGAGAAAGGGUGUGGGGAGGGGGAUAUUGGUAGGCUUUGCUCAGAUGGAGAUGAUAAGGACUUUGAGAUUGUUUACAGAACAGCAAGGAGGAAAAGAUGGAGGAGGAGGGAAGGAAGGAUGAAGAAGUGAAGUGACAGAAAAGGGAACAAUGCGUAUUGUUUUGGUAGUUACUUGUACAUCUCUGCCAUAAUGAAUAGAACCAUGAAGGAGAGAGAACACUACAGAGAAAAAGAGGGAGCUCACUGAAAAAAAGAAGCAUUUUUCAUUAAAUACAUUAAAAGAAAGUAAAGCACUUUUUAUUGUAUCAGCCCUCCCUCUUCCUCUCUUGUAGUCUGUCUCUCCCAAAUCCAACGACUCCAGCCACAGUGCUGUAUGAUUAAUGCCUUUGUUUCUGCUUUCGUAAAAUUUCCAUCUCACCUCUGGUUUUAGCUCUUAAAUUUAGCCACAAUUUUUUUUUGAUUUCUCCCAAAACCCUUAUAUCCUUAUAUUCCCUUCAGUGCCAUGAAACACUCAGGUAAUGCUCAUUACCUGCAUCCUGGAAGAUUUCAUCCAAAUUAAAACCAACAUUUCAAUUUACAGAUGAAUUUAUAACCAAACGAAUCCGUAUUUCCACAAACACGCUUGCGUUUGGAUUAAAAAUAUUAACCCCUAGAGAAAGAUGUCUUCAAAACAUACAGUAUAUCUCAACAGUAGAGACUGCUGUAUUUGAAAGGGUAAAGGUGAAAGGUCAAAGUUCAGGGAGGACGUGUGGCUCAGGCUCCUGAAAGGAGGCCGGUCUUUAUUUACACCCCGAGAGAAGAGCUGUCUUGCAGGUACAUCUCCAGAUAUUAAUUUUAUAAAGUGUUUGUUACCAUGUAUUGUUAUUAAUGUAAUUAAUGAUUGCGCUUGUAGUUAUUAUUAUAACUAUGGUUAUUGUUAUUAUUGUUCUCCGUAUUUAGUCCUUUUUUAAAAAAAAUUCGUAGUCAUUUCAAGUCCUGCUGGACAGAGGCAGAAUGUGACUGAUAUUAAAAUGACUCUCAAUUUAUUUGAAUGUUAAAAACAUCAGGUUGUUCCACAGGAAAUAAACAUACUUGUAUGAAAGAUUUGAAAUAAUGUUGAGGAAUUCUAGAAAUGGUUAGGGAGAAGAUCAGAAAAAAUACGUAUGAACACCAGCCCUGUUGACAGGCCAAAGUUGCUGCGUGUUGUUUUUGCAAUAAUGUUUAUGUGCCUUUAUAUGAAAAAGAGAGAGAAAAAAACCUCACUGGAUUUAUUGUAUUUGGAUGGUUCUGUGGAGAAAACCUUGUUCUUUUGGGUGGAGCAAACGUUUUCAGAGAGGAAUAAACCUGAUUAUGGAAAAACAUAAUGGUGCUAUGUAUUUUAUUGAGUACACACAUCCACAUCAAAAUGUUUCAUAAAUGUAGUCUUAACAAUGAUAAUAAUAAUGAUAUUUAUAAUGAUGAUGACUUACUGUAAAUGGAAGGGAAUGUGAUUCUAGCUUGUUUCUUUUUUUUUUUUUUUGUAUUGCAGGAAUGAACAAUGAAAUAAAAGUAUUUUGUGAAAUGUU